AUGCUGGCGGUCCCAGCAGGGUUCCUUUCAAUCAUCGAGUCGUCUUACCUAAGUCAAAUUGAAAACGACGAAGAAACGUUCAUUUCCAUUGGAACUCCUUUAGAAUUCAUUAAUGAAGAUGAACCCAUACAGAAGCCACAGAAGGAACUCCAGGCAGUGGGGGUGGGCACGAAAGCCAGACCUCGCUUCCACGGGGCCUUUACUGGGGGAUUCUCUGCAGGGUACUUCAACACGGUUGGCUCCAAAGAUGGAUUCACACCAUCCAGUUUCAGCUCCUCUAAGGAUAAAAAGAAAGAGUUUACCACACAGAGACCCGAGGACUUCAUGGAUGAUGAAGACUUUACAGAGCAUGGAAUUGCCCCAAAGAAAUUUCAAACAUCGGAAUCAUUUUUGUCUGAAGACAGGAAGCGGAGGCGAGAUUUGGCCAUUAAAUCUGCCACCACUGACACUUUAUUUGGAUCCACCACUGCCCUUGCUGACCUUAUUAUCCCAGAAAAGUUGACUAUCGGAGUGAAGCUUCUACGCAAAAUGGGCUGGAAAGAGGGACAGGGGAUGGGUCCACGUUAUGAGAGGAAGAAAAAAUCUUCAAAUGUCUCAAAAGCUGGCUCUCAAAGAAAAGUAUAUGGCUGCCUUCUACCAGAAGAAGAGAGUGAGGAUUCAGGCGAUGAAGUCCCAGAAAAUGUGACUUUUGCCCCCCGUGAUGUUAACCCCAGUAAGAUACAAGCCAAGGACAAUGUUCAUGGUAUUGGAUACCGUGGCCUUGACCCCAGAAAGGCUCUUCCUGGCAGCCAUGUUAACCUGUUUGCCGCACCCGCCAUAACGAAGACAGGCAAAAGAGGCAUCAGAGGAACGGCGUUUGGGGUGGGAGCCCUGGAGGAGGAGGAUGAGGACAUCUAUGGACAGGACCACCUCUCUAACUACGACAUGACCAUGGAGAUGGAGGGUGACGAUCACAUGGGGUGGACAGCUCCAGGGAAGGGCAAAAAACAUGAUGUUCCCCUGGGAUAUGUUGGUAAUUUACUUGAGGGGUUCACCCUGUCUGGGAAGAGACUGCCUCCGAGGAAGAUAUUCUCUCCUCCACAAAUUCCUAGAGACUUCAGGCCCGUCCAUACCUUUAUAAAGGAGGUCAACACGCAGGAUACCAGUAAGAAAACAGAGCAAGAUGCGAUUUCAAGGGGGAUAACUCUUGGAGAAACGCCUGUGUUCACCUCUGUCUUUGAUUUGAUUCCACAAAAAGACAAGGAAAGAUUGAAAACAGCAAAGUCCAGAACAGAUCAGCAGAGUGACAAUGUCCAGACUCCCAGCAUCACAGGGAAUAAUUCCUCCACUACAGAUACCCAGACUGGUCACUCUAAGUCACCAUCCAUCUCCACUACUGUAGAGGGCAGGGAAGGGACACAUCAGCCUGUCCCCACCUCUACUUCUGCCUCAGAAAAAUCCCCAUUAACCGUUAACCUCCGGACAUUGUCAGCAGGAAGAGGUGCUGUGUUUAGUCCCUUCAUAAAGGAUCCAGACAAGCAGAGAAGAUAUGACGUGUACACCAAGCUCGUCAAAGAGGGAAAUCCAGACGCUUAUGAGGAAGUAGCAGAGGGUCACAUGACCGAGUGGGAGAGGGAGAGAGAGAAGGAGGAGUUUGAGAAGGCUGCCAAGUUCUACAAACCGAUGGCCGGUAUGAUGGCAUCCCGCUUCACCAGAGCCAAGUACCACGACGACGAUGAUAAAGUGGAGAUGCCGGCUCAGGAGCAGGGAGAUAAGAACGACCGCCAGAGUGCUGCUAGAAUGAAGAUGUAUGGACCAUUAACUCGUGAUACUUAUGAAUGGCAUCCAGAUAGGGUUGUCUGCAAGCGUUUCAACAUCCCAGAUCCCUACCCAGGAUCUACUAUCACUGGUGUCCCCAAAAUAAAAAGAGACAAAUAUACUGUGUUCAACUUCCUGAACUUCUCAUCCAAUGAACCAGAGGAGCAAAAAUCCUCCCCUCAGGAACAGAGAUCCAUGCCAAAGGAGGGUGAGAUCCGGGCUCUUCCUGCUCCUGAGGACAAACAGGAUAAAACAGGGGGAAUAUCUUUCAAGAUAAAUUCAUCCCAAUCUAAAGUGACAACAUCGAUUUUCUCUUCGUUGAAUGAGGAAAAACUUAAAGAUCAGCCUCCAAACUCCCAAACUCAAGACAAAGAGGAAGACUCUAGGCCCUGUAUGGACCUGUUUGAGGCUAUUUUUGGAAACACAGACUCUGAGGAGUCAGAUGAGGAAAAACAACACUCAGUCACACAGCCAAUGGACGCUGAGUCAGGAGGCAAAUCUGAUACAGAAGAGGCACCAGUAGUGAAAACAGCACCUCCAGGGAACUCCAUCUUCUCACAUUUAUUUAAAAAACCAGAAAAAGAGGAACCUAACCGUUUGCCUGGUGCCCCUGUUGUCAUAGAAACACUAGAAAAGAGGCUCUCAGGUGACAGUAGAGAUUUGUUUGGUCCAGAUCUUCCUCCCUCAAUGAAAGAUCAGUCAAGUGGAAGCAUGAAUAUGCAGUCACAGCACAGGUUUAAAGAUCAAGAAAGGAGUGAAGAAAGUGGACACAAAGAACCCUAUAGAGAUAGAGAGAAGGAUAGAUACAAAGAAAGACAGACAGAUAGAGAUAGAGAGAAGGAUAGAUACAGAAAUAAACAGACAGACAGGCAUAGAGAUAGGAGCAGAGACAAUUCUAGUGAGAGAGAGAAAAAGAAAGACAAGCAUAAAAAACACAAACACAACAAAAGUAAAAAGUCAAAACACAAGAAAAAGCAUAAAAAGGAGAAAAAGAGCCAUAACAGGGAUAAGUAUACACAGGGCAGCUCAUCUGAUGCUGACAGUGAGAGUGAUAGUGACACGCCCAUAACAAACCUGGAACUGCUUCAGAAAGUGAGGAUGUAUCCGACACUGGUUAUUAUGGGGUGCCUCUUUUGGGCUGGAGUAAAAUCAGAAGAGUUGUACGUCUCGACUCCGACGACCAUCUUAAGUGUAGACACAUCAACUUUACAGACAUCGACUAUUAUCACCAAGGAGAACGGACGUUUGUUGGGAUUGGCCGCAGACUGGAGAAACCAGAAACUUUAUUAUACCGACGUGUCAUCUAAUGGCGCAGGCAUAUACGAAUCUGAUCUACAGGGGAACAAUGUCAAGAAACUAGUUCAGUACCCAGACAUGGAACCCGUGGGUCUGGCCGUGGACUGGGUUUACAGACACCUGUACUGGACAGACUCCGUCUACAGGUCAGUUAUGAUGUCAAACCUGGACGGCACGGGACGAAUCACCAUAGUAACGGAAAAUCUCGUCAUUCCUCGGGGCAUCGCUGUGGAUCCAAAGAAUAGAAAGCUGUACAUUGGUGAUCAGGGAAACCAUGCGGUGCAGAUCUGUGGUUUGGACGGAAGAAACUGCCGGGAGCUGAAUGUAACCGAUGCCAGCGCCACCUUCUGGCCAAAUCAGAUCACCAUUGAUCACGCAUCAGGGAAGGUCCACUGGACGGAUGGUUGGAUUCCAGCUGUCUACUCCUGCUCAGUCGAUGGUUCGAGUUGUGUGAGGAACACAGGAAAUCUGUCCACAGAUCUAGGCUCCAAUCCCGUGUUUGGCAUUGCAGUGGGCCAGAGUGAUAAGUUGUUCUUAUCCACGCUCCAUAACCAGACCCUCUACCAAUCCAGUGAUAGCCUCGAACUGACGAAUCUACAAAUCCCUUCCUCAGAAUCAAAGACGUUCUUCCUGCUCAGUAAAGACACAACAAUCAGUCAACCUUCGGUUUCAACAACAAAUCCAUGUAUCACAAAUAAAGGAGGAUGUUCAGACAUAUGUGUUCCUCACUCUGGUAAUGAGUUUACCUGCGCAUGCUCAGACGGGUCGGGGAAGAUUUCGAUCAACAAAAGCUGCCAAACACCCAGUCAGUUCCUCUUGUUUACUGACGUGUCAAGAGGAAUCGUGGGCAUGGCCAGUAUUGAUAAUCCCGAUAUUCAGACAAUAAUUCUGAGGGCUGUCAAACCACUAGCAGUUACUUAUCACGUGGCGGAGAAGAAAGUUUACUUUGCCGAUGCCAGAAUGCGUGCCAUCUACAAGUGCAAUUUAGACGGAACUGGUGUAGAGGCCCUGCUAAACAGUUCCCAUGGCAUUGGUCAAGUCGAAGGAUUGUCUAUCGACUACAAUCAGAAUCGCCUUUACUUUUCCAACAUGGGGUUCGAGGAAUACUCUGGAGUGGUCAGAUCGUGGCAUGCCAUAGAAAUGAUAGACCUCGGUACCCGCAAAAGAAGGACCAUUGUGACAGAAGUUGAGAAACCAAGGGCUCUUCUUGUGGACUCAAUUAAUAGAUUGCUCUACUACACGGACUGGGGUACAUCCGGUCACGUGGGUAAAGUACAGUUAGAUGGAUCCAAUAGAGAGGUCCUUUUUACUGCCGAGAACCCAAAUGACCUGGCCAUCAGUGAUAAUAAGUUACUGGUCGUCAAUAAUAAAAGUCCCUCCCCCGAGAUGAUAGAACUAACUCUUUCCAGUGGUAACAAUCCAACUAGACGUCCACUUAGUGGCGUUGAACCACUAUCAAUGGUCGUAUCAGGGAAUAACCGUCUGAUCAGCUCAUUCACUGGUGGUAUGAAAAGCUACACUAGUAGUCUUACUGUGUCCUCUAGCUAUAGCAUCGGUCUGUUCACUCGGAUGUCCAUCGUCGACACCACUGUCAUGAAACAGCAAGAUGGAGGAUUAUGCUCGUCAUCUAGUUCCUGCUCUGAUAUUUGUGUGACAUCACCAGAUUCCAAUUAUCUCACCUGUCUGUGUCCAUCAGAUCAGUUCAACAUACAAACCAGUGACCGUCUGUCGUGUCAAAAGCCAGAGGAUUACUUGCUGUUUGCCGACAUUGACGGGAUCAAACUGGUUUCCCAAGGACCCACGAAUGACGACCAUGUUUAUACCAUAAUUCACCCUAGUGCGAGCUGUAGCCAUUUUUAUGGUCUCGUAGUGGACAAGAACAAGGAAUACGUCUACUUCAGUGCAUUACAAGGAAAUUCUGUUUUCCGAGCCAAAGUCGAUGGUUCCGACAUUGAAAAAUUUGUAACUGACGAGAACAGUAAAAUAACCAGCCUAGCUUUAAUUGGAACUGAUCUGUUCUGGACCUCUACAAACAACACAGAUAACUCCACGGGGUCUAUAGUUCACUGUAGCACGGCCGAUACCGAUAGAACACUCACAGUGUUGUCUACUACGACAGCGGAACCAUUAGACAUCGCAGCAGAUGAAAGUAACAUUUACUGGACAGAGAAAAGUGUCACUGGAAUUAAGAGGUUCGACAGACGUGAAACAAACACGGAACGACUCCCUAUGCCCAGUGGUGAGGCAGUGGCUAUUACCCUCUCUGAUCCCUCACGUCAUCUCCUCUAUGCUACAGACUCCAAUGUCAAAUUAAGGCGGUUUCCAAAUAUCCAAAAUGAUGAUUCUUCUCUGACUGACACUAUCAACGAGGACGAUGCGAGAUCUCUGAUGGCUACGAGUCAGUUCUUGUAUCUGUCCAGGUGGAGAGACAACAGCACUGGAUCUGUCUUACGUCAUAAUCUGAUGACGAAAACAACAGAGCUCGUGACUAAUGCUGCGGUACGGCCAGGACAGAUGGUUUAUAUAUCAAGACAGCCAUCAUCAGUACAAGAUAAAUCUGGAAUUUGUCCCUCUGCACUGUCGUGUUCUAGCAUAUCCGCAUGUUCGUUAGAUGUUGACUGUUACGGCAGCAGUAAGUGUUGUGGAACACGCACCUGUACACGGUGUACCACUCCAGACAAAGGAAGCGACUGCAGCAAAAAUGGCAUUUUUAUACAGAACAAUGGUGAGGCUGUGGUGCUGGAUUGUGAGAGAUGUUCCUGUGUCAACAGCAGUCUGACCUGUACAGUUCUAUCAUGUCCAGAUCUUGGGUCCUGUCCUGCUGAUAACCAGGUGAAGCUCGCCGGAUCCUGCUGUUCUGAAUGCACAGCAACAACUGUUUGUUCAAGUCCACCCACAAUAGAAAACUGUCCAUUGCCUUCCUCCAUCGUUAGACUGCUGCUAACUGCUGACAGAGAUACAGUAGAUAUCUUUCUGCAUACUAUUGUCUCGGAAUCUACAUAUGGCAAAAGUUGUUCUGGCCAAAAGUUGGAUUUAAAACUCACAACCAAAUCGCUAAAAUGGAAAGGAAAUAUACAACCUGUGGAUAUUACAGCAACAGACAAACAUGGCACUGCGACGUGUAGUGUAAACGUUCAUGUCAUUGAUAAAAUCGAUCCAGCUUUGACUUGUCCAAGUGGUGUACUUCAGGCUUAUAUAACAGAGUACAGCAAGGUGGUGACGUGGCCACCCGUGACUGCUAGUGAUAAUACGGGUAAAGUGACCUUGACCUCCAACAAAGAAAACGGAGUAGAUAGACCAGUCGGUUCACACUUAAUUCGCUAUGAAGCUCGGGAUCAGUCUAACAACAAGAGAGAGUGCUCAUUUUCAGUGAAUGUUACAAAGCUUGUAGGCUGUGAGAAUCCUCCGAUUCCUUUUAAUGGUCUCUUAAGAUGUAAGGACGCUCAAACACUAACGUGUCAGUUGGAGAAAUGCAACGCCGGUUAUAUCAGAUCCACUUCACACUCUCAGAGUCAUGCAUGUGAUCAAACUAAAGGACAAUGGGUACCCCCUUUCCCGCAGAAUUUUAGCAACGUAUGCAUAAAACCUGGACCCUCAAUUAUUCAGCGAGAUUACACAUUUGAAUUUAAUUGCCCAAAUUCGGAAUUUGACGCGGGUGACUUGAGAGAUUGUAUUUCAAAUGCCCGUUUGUGUCCAGUUGGCAACAUUACACUCUGUGACAGACCGUUCAAGAGGAUCGGGAGCACGUCUGUUAGUGGAAGUCUCCUGAACAUCACAAUGAGGAUGGAUGGCACUCUACCGUAUGGUGAAGAUAAAAGCAGUCUUGUACAGAAGAUGGACGCUGCCGGCACUGCCAUUGAGCUGUUCUUUCAGUUAGGUUCUUUCAAAACAAGAUGUCCAAAAAUUUCAUGUCCGUUCAGGAAAACCUUUUCCACUAGAGACAUAGGGACUUGUGAAGUCGGUUCCGUGGUAUACAAAGUUGGAAACCAAGAUGUAUGUGCUCCAUGUCCUGCUGGAUGGUUUUAUGAGGGAGGCAAAUGUACGGAAUGCUUGCCCAAUACCUAUCAGGAUCGACCGGGUCAAACAUCCUGCAGAUCCUGUCCGGAUGGAACCAUUUCCUCAUCUGGCUCUUUUCUUGAUUCACACUGCAAAGCUAUGGAGAAAUUAGAGGGCCCUCAGAAGACCUCGGAUAAUACGCUCGUGAUAAUUGUGGCGGUGGUGGCGGUAGUGGUUAUCGUCCUUAUAGCAGUUAUCGUGGUUAUAUGCUAUAAAAGACAAAAAUCCACAGGAAAUGACGCCAAAAUGGGUAACUUUGAAAAUCCCGCGUUUACAGGUCACAGGAACUCUGGCUUGAUGAUGGCGGAACCUAUGCCGGAGGAAUAUGACCAAAUUCCUGCAGAUAAGAUGUUGUCAGAAUCGCAGCUGCAAAAUCACAGCAAAGGAAUGUAUGAAAGUUCAGGAGCAGUCUCAAAGAAUGAACACACAUACCAAAGUCUGAGCGGGGCCUCCAACAAGGCAUACCAGGAACCGGACUACGAAGCUCCGAAUAAAAGACUAUUGGAUCCCGGCAUGGUGGAUGAUGAUCAUAUGUACAGCAAAGUGAAAAUGCAGUGAACGUCAAUGACCUUCAGUUACUUUCACUCCAAGGGACUACAUUCAUAAUACAACAAAAUUUUUGUAAUUUUUAAAAAAGUUUUAAUUGUUAACACGAAUAAAAAUAUUCACUGUUUUCGAAGCAGAAAUACAUAAUUUACAUGUAUACUUUUUCUUUGAGUUUCCAACAACGGAAGUUCAGUAUGUAUAUAUCAUAAACAUUUAUUUUGGAUAUGUAUUUUAAUAUUUAGCACUUUACAUGUUAUAUUGUUCAAAAUAAAUGUUUCGCUGAAGUCAGCUCAAUUUAAAAUGUUUGUUUGACCUAUCCCGACUCAGAAUACUAGUAAAUAAGUCGGUAGAUAGGUGAGAAAAUUAUUUUUCUCAUUGAAAAUUUCAGUUUCAAUGCUAAGAUUUUAAAAUAUAUUUUCUAGAAUACAAAAAAUGAUCGCUUGGCCUGUAGGAAAAAAAGUUUUGAGUCGAGCCAUUUUAAGCAAGUUUGGGAGAGAGCAACCAAAAAAAUUUUUUGAUGGCUUAGUAAAAGAGAGUUGAUAUCAAUUUAAAUUCAGUGAAAUAAGUACGGAAGCGUAAAUGGCUCUACAC